AUGUAUCCCAUGGAAAGGUUUCUUGGUACCCUUAAAAGUUUUGUUCGAAAUAGGGCUAACCCUGAGGGGUCCAUUGUUGAAAGAUAUAUUGCAAAAGAGUGCUCCGAUUUUUGUUCUAGAUACUUGGAAGGGUUUGAAACAAGAUCUUCUCGUCCUAACCGUAAUGAUGACGAGUUUGAAGGUGUUGAGUCUGAGGGCUUUCGUGUUUUUACCCAACAAGGUAGAACACUAGGAGCUACUCGUUAUGACCCGAUUUCAGUAGAAGAAUUUGAGCAAAUUCAAUGGUAUAUACUUAAUAAUUGGGAUGAAAUUGAAGACAUUAUCAAGUAA